AUGAGUAAAACUUUAUUAGUUAGUAAUUAAGUUGAAAGUUAAGCUUAAGAAGAUUUAUUAAGAAAUGCCAUUUCCUCCUAAGUAAAAAUGGCACAAAGAGUAGGAUUUAAUGAAAUAUACAAAACAAGUAAACUAACAAAUCUUCCAACCUAACUCCCUAUUUAUUGCAAUUAGCUGUUGGAAUUUAUGCAAUCUUUGAAGUACUAGCUGUAGAUUUGGAAUCAAAUCUUAGUAGAUGUACAGGUAUCGCAUUACCUGUAUUUUGUUAUAAAUGGGUAAAUAUUAUUUAAAUUUGCUUAAAGACCGAAGGAUUAAAUAUAGGUUCCUCAUUCUAAAGCCAAGAUGCUUAUAGUUCUCUAAGAAUUGAUGAAUCAAUUAGAUAUUUCGAUAUGA